AUGAUUCAAGGCGCAAAAGAGACACAAGGGGCUGCCCCCGAAGCGGCAGGAGCAGCAGUGGCAGAAUCAGCAGCUGUGGAGCUGCCUCUGCUGCUGAUCGCAGUGUCGCCUGCAGCAGCAGCUGAAGUCUCUCCGUGGGGAGGCAAUGUGCUGCUGCAGCACCUCGCACUGCACCUUCUGCAGCAGCUGGGGUCUGUCCCUGUGAAGGAGACGGCAGAAGAGUCACUUGACAAGACAAGCGAUUGUGAGGCAAUACACGUCGCCUCGUGGAGAUGCUGCAUCCGCAACAAGUACUACUCUGCCCCUCUGAGGGCUGUAAUGCUGCAACUGCCUCUGCAGCAGCAGAAGCAGCAUCAGCCGCAGGUGAAGCAACAGCGUGCAGGAACUUACUCUACGGGUGAGGAGAGUGCUGCUACAACGGAGGGGAUUCCCCCAAGCGAAAAGGAGACACUGGGGGGUGUACAGAGAGCUAGUAGCUUCUCCCUCCCGCCAGAAGCGGUUGUCUUUGUCUGCAGCAAAAGUGAAAGAGACAAGCUGCUUGCAGCGCGACGCCUUCUAGAGGGAGAGUGGGGAGACAGUUGCAGUAGCAGGAGCAAGCUGCUGCAGCCGCUGCAGUGCAUGCUCUCCACGCCCCUCGCCGAAGAAAAACAGCAGCAGCAGCAAUACCGGCACCAGCAGACGAGAGGGGAGGACGAGGUGGGAGACACGGAUAACUGGUGGGUCCGAGACGUUCCCCUCAAAUUCAUUCUGUUCGUACACUGCAGCAGCAGCAAUAGCAUCAGCACCUGGGGCUGCGACCGAUGCAGCAGAGGUACCGCUGUCUUGGCAGGGAGGGGGGAGACAGAAGUUUGGGUUUUUCUAGGCGACGUAUUUAUAGAAGGCAUUGAACUGUGCCUAAGCCCCAAGGCUGGAGCUUCUGCUGCUUCUGAUGCUGCUCCUGCUUCUGAUACGGCUUCUGCUGAGGCUGCUGCUGCUGCUGCUGUACCGCAACGGCAGCAGCGGCGGCUGUGUGUUGUUGCCGAAGCGCUGCAGUGUCAUCUGUGGCCCGGCAUGAAGAAAUGCAACUCGCAAUCGAACAGCAGCGGCCGUGAAUCGGGCAGCAGCAGCAACAGCAACAGCAGCAGCAACUGCAACAGCAGCAACAGCAACAGCAGCAACGGAAACAGCAGCAUCAGCAUGGGGGGAGAAGGAGGGCAGCCAUCAGAGCAGCAGCAGGUGGAUGGUGCGUCUGGUGCUGCUGUACAUGCGGGGCCUCGUGAGAAGACAACAGUGUCUGCAGCACCAGCGGCAGUAGCAGCACCAGCAUCGGCAGAGGCAGAGAUGGAAGAGUGGGAUGCUCUUGCUGCAGCAAUGCUGCAUCUCAAGCACAAGGGGCCUUCUGUCUCCUCGCAAGGACGACGGGAUAAAGCCAUGUACCUUGCCUCCCAGCUGGCUGCCCUCUGCCGCUGCGACGAUGAUUAG